AGAACACACCUUUACCUGCCCGCUUUGCACAGAUUGGCUACGUAACAGAAAGAUCCGGUUUGCUUAGAGCACUGCAUGUUUGCAAAGAAAGCUUUGAAAUAAGAAACCACAGAAUAGACACUCCCUGGGAGCCAGGACCUGUGUGUCGUUUUACUCCCAACUACAGACAAAAACCAACCCUACAGACAAAAAUACAACCAUCGCUUGUAUCUAUGUACAUUAUGGCAAUGCUAUACAGAUACAUUAUUCUUAUAUGAACUUCUUACACUGAAAAGAUAAACUAUGAAUUGGGGAGUUUUCCAGGGUCUCCUAAGUGGAGCAAGCCAGUUCUCCACUGCCUUUGGACGAAUCUGGCUGUCAGUAGUAUUUAUCUUUCGGCUGCUGGUUUAUGUGGUGGCAGCAGAAAGGGUCUGGGGUGAUGAUCAAGGAGAAUUUGACUGCAAUACGCGACAGCCAGGCUGCACCAAUGUCUGUUAUGAUAACUAUUUUCCAGUAUCGCACAUAAGACUCUGGGCCCUCCAGCUAAUUAUGGUUACCUGUCCAUCUCUUCUUGUUAUUAUGCAUGUGGCCUACAGGGAAGAUCGGGAGAGAAAGCACAGGGAAAAGCAGGGGGAGAAUUGUGGACGACUGUAUUUAGACACUGGAAAGAAAAGAGGUGGUUUAUGGUGGACUUACCUCAUAAGUCUUAUAGUCAAAGCUGCUGUAGAUUCAGUGUUCCUUUACAUCUUUCACCAUAUCUACCAGAACUAUACUCUCCCCAAUGUUGUCAAGUGUACAUUGUCUCCAUGCCCCAAUAUUGUAGACUGCUUUAUAUCAAGACCCACUGAAAAAAAUAUAUUUACCCUAUUUAUGGUAAUCACUACCAUCAUUUGCAUCCUACUCAACUUGAUUGAGAUAGGAUACCUGGUGACCAAAAGGUGCUGUGAAUGUUCUGCCCAAAGGACUCAUUCUACCAGAUAUCAAACUAACAAGGUCAUUACGUUCCUCCAGAAGCAAGACACAUGUCAUCACAAUAACAAGUUAAAUGAAGAGCUAGCCCUGCUGCACCCUUCCGUCUAUGUCACACCUCCAGAAACUCAGUUAAAUUGAGAUGACGAAGAUACAGGUGGAUCUUCACUUGUCCCUGAAAUUUAUUUGGCCACAAAAACUGGGUUUUCAGUUUGUUUGUUUUAUUAUUACUUUAUCAACAAUUUUUUUUUUCUUAUCCAAUUAUACCCCUUUUUUUGACAGAAAACCUUUCUACACAUAGGAUCCGGUAUAAGUUUCUGGACUUAUGUCUUGUUGAGAAAAAAUGGGGCUGAUAGGGUUGGUCAUUGGGGAUUUUGUUUUGUGUGCCUGAGAAAUGCAAAACAAAUCCCUGAUAACUGCUGGCAUUGGAGAAAAUGGAAUUUCCCCAGGAGUAUCAAUUACUGCUGCUAAUUGGCCCCCAUUAACUGUUGGAUAUUAUUACAGAAAAUUCAACAUUAGUACAAAUCAAAAUAGAAUGUUUCAUGUUUAAAAUGGACUAUAUUAAAUUCCUUCAAGAACUUUUAUGUGGGAGAAACAAGAAAGACAAGAUUUCUACAUAAUGCAAAAUGAUUGUUCAAGGACAGAUUUAUAUCUGCAGUCAGAACCACUUUCACAUGGGUCUAGUUUUCUAUUUCUUUUAUAGCCUGAGUUACACAGUAAUUCAAGAGGUUCACAACGUAUAUUCCAAGGAGAAAGCAAUGGUAGCAUUGCCAACCAUUAUAUAAAUGUCUUAUUUUUUGUAGUGUACAUAAUGUUAUUGUACCCUUAAAAGUGUAAAGGUCAGACUCAUAAACUUGAUAAGGCGCAUAAUAGCAGCAAGGUCUCUGAACCCUGAAUUACUACAUUGCAGAACGUUUUGCUUAUUAUGGUUUCCUGCACAUCUCUUGUCAUUAUGCAAGCGGCACAGCAAGCGGCACACAGGAAAGAUCCUUAGAGAAAUGCAUAGGGACUAGCAGGGGGAGAAUUGUUGCAGAUUGUAUUUAGACACUGGAAAGAAAAUAUGUAUGUUUUGUAUUCUAGUUAUUGACACCUUACUGCAGCAGAUUUCCUUUCUAAAGGGCCCUACACACUUAAAGAUUAUCUGUCCAAUCUGUCUGAUUGGAACGAAAAUCUAGUUACAGUAUGUAAGGGAGCAAAUGACAAUUGACCAUUUGCUCCCAAAUACUGGAAAACAGACAAAAAUGGUCAUUCAGACAAAAUUGGUUGCAUCAGUUUCAUUUAACCAAUUUAUCCAAUUGCUCACAGACAUUGCCAGAUUCUCUUUCCAAUCAGCCAUAUUGGAAAGAUAAUGUUUAAGUGUGUAGGGCCCUUUAUAGUGUGUAUCCAGCUUUAUGUAAACAGGCUAUGAACUAGACAGUAACAUGUAAAGUGUACUAAUUUAAAGCUGCACACCCACCUAAUAUAAGUUAGAUGUGUAGCCCCCCACCCCCACGGGUGUAGUACGGCUGGCCGGCGGUCUCUUGACCGCCGGUCAGCUUACCGACGCCGGGAUCCCGGCAGCAUACCGAUGCCGGGAUCCCAGCGGGGAGGGGCGAGUGCAGCAAGCCCCUUGCGGGCUCGGUGGCGACCUGCGGUCGCCAUGGGUUCUAUUCCCACUCUAUGGGUGUAGUGGACACCCACGAGUAGGAAAUAGUCCCUGUUGGUCGGCAUGCCGACCAUCGGGACAGUGACCCGUCGGGCUGGUGGAGGAGGUCAUGUGACUGUCGGUCAGCUGACCGGCGGUCACAUGAAUACCACCCCACCCCCACACCCUCCAGGAAAACUAGUUACGAAGUUAGAAUUAAAGCAUGCAUGAUACAUGAAUUAAUAAUAUAUUCAGUACUGCGUAGUGUGUGUUCUCUUUUCAAACCUUAUUGUUCAAUGCACAACAAAUAUUAUUAACUUUGUAUAUGUAGUAUAUUUAUAACAGAAUCAAUAUGA